GGCGGACAGAGUGAAAGAUGGCGGCCUCGGAGAGCAGGCUCGUGUUGCUGCCGCUGUCUCGCAUUCGGGUGAUAAUGAAGAGCUCGCCAGACGUGGCCAACAUCAACCAGGACGCCCUCAUUAUCACUGCCAAAGCCACGGUGAGCGGGGCAUGCCGGGAAGGAGGAGCAUCUAGUGAGAGGGGGACCAGGGGGGAGAUAGUGAGAGAGGGGCAUCCAGGGGGAGAUAGUGAGAGGGGGACCAAGGAAAUAGUGAGAGAGGGGACCAGGGGAGAUAGGAUGAGAGGGGGGGGACCAGGGUGGAGGAUAGUGAUGAGAGAGGGGGGACCAGGGUGGAGAUAGUGAUGAGAGAGGGGGGACCAGGGUGAGAUAGUGAUGAGAGAGGGGGACCAGGUGGAGAUAGUGAUGAGAGAGGGGGGGACCAGGGUGAGAUAGUGAUGAGAGAGGGGGGACCAGGGUGGAGAUAGUGACAGGGUGGAGAUAGUGAUGAGAGGGGGGACCAGGGUGGAGAUAGUGAUGAGAGAGGGGACCAGGGUGGAGAUAGUGAUGAGAGAGGGGGGACCAGGUGAGAUAGUGAUGAGAGGGGGGACCAGGGUGAGAUAGUGAUGAGAGAGGGGGGACCAGGGGAGAUAGUGAUGAGAGAGGGGGACCAGGGGAGAUGGUGAUAAGAGGGGGGGACCAGGGGAGAUGGUGAUAAGAGAGGGGAGAGGAUCCAGGGGUGAUGGGGAGAUCCAGGGUGAUGGGGAAGGGAGAUCCAGGGGUGAUGGGGGAAGGGGAGAUCCAGGGGUGAUGGGGAAGGGGAGAUCCAGGGCUGAUGAAGGGAGAUCCAGGAGAUGGGGAGAGAGGAUCCAGGGAGAUGGGGAGAGAGGAUCCAGGGGAGAUGGGGAGGGGAGAGAGGAUCCAGGGGUGAUGGGGAGAUCCAGGAGAUGGUGAUGGGGAAUCAGGGGAGAUGGCGAUGAGGGGGAUCCAGGAGUAAUAAUCAUGGAUAGAAUCAGGAACAAAGGAGAUGGGGACCCGGGGAACUGGUCAUGAUGGGGGGGAUCCAGGGUGGAAUGGUGAUGGGGGGGAUCCAGGGUGGAAUGGUGAUGGGGGGGAUCCAGGAUGGAAUGGUGAUGUGGAGGAUACAAGGGCGAUGGUGAUAAGGGGAACCAGGAGUAAUACUGAUAGAUUCAGGAGAAAUUGUGAUAGGGAACCAGGAGAAAUGGUCAUGAUGGACUGUUAAUGUGACCAGGAGUAAAGUUGGUGAUGUGUCAUGGGAGGACCAGUAGGAAAGUAGAUGGAUAGUGAUGGGAGGAUCUGGAGGAAAAGUCAUGGUGCGGAACCAGGAGCCAAAAAGGGGGGCUUUUGAGGAGAGGGCACACUAGAAUAAAUAUGGAAGCGGAAACUGGACAACUGUUGUGGAGUACGGGUAGAAAAAAGGAAGAUAACAAAGGAUGAGAUUAUAGCUUUACUGUUUAUUAUGUUUUGUCAGGUCUUCACAGUUUAUUUCAACACAUUUUAUUUUUGUUACUUUCUAGAAAUUAAAACAAUUUACACAAACAUUUCAAAUAUAUUACACACUCUGCAAAAAACUUACAUGCUGUUUAUAGAUAUUGUAUAUUUGUGCCCCUGAGUCUGAACUUUUUUUCAUUUUUUUUAUUUGCCUGCAUUACCAAAAUGUAUUGUUCUCUGUGACAUAAUAUUCUUCUUUCCUAUCACCAUACAGGAGUUGUUUGUCAAGUACCUGGCAUCAUACUCGUAUAAACACGGUACUGGUAAAGAGUCGAAUACGCUGACCUAUGACGACUUGUCGGAAACUGCAGAAGAAUCGGAAACAUUUCAGUUUCUGUCUGGUACGUUGUGGGCGGAGAUAAAUUCUUGCAAAAACACUAGGUUAAAGGACCACUAGUUUCAGAGAAACUGCUAUGUUUACAUUUGGGGUUCAGCCAGCCUCUAGUGGCUGUCUUCCGGACAGCCAUUAGAGGCGCAUCUGAGACGCUGGAGGCAUAUUAUGCCUCCAUCGCGCAAAGCGUCCAUAGGAAAGCAUUGAGAAAUGCUUUCCUAUGGACAGUUUGAAUGCGCGCGCGGCUCCUGUGAUGUCGGACGGGGGAGCUGACGUUGGAGUCACCAGCGCCGAGGGAGCCUGUCGCUGGAUUAAGGUAAGCUGCUGAAGGGGUUUUAACGCCACGGGAGGAGGGACCCUGAGGUUGGGGGCACCCUCAGUGCACUAUAGUGUCAGGAAAACCGCUUUGUUUUCCUGACAUUAUAGUGAUCCUUUAAAGAUACUACUCGGAUUCAGAGUUACAAUCACUUUUAACAUAAUCUUAUUUUUAUUUACAUUUUGUAUACAGGUAACACUAUGUUCUGUAUAUUUGUGUUUUGUAUUUAAGGUAUAUCUGACUACUCUGGAUUAUCCAUUAGUAUAUAUUAUUCAUCAAGGUACAGCAAGGUUUUCCUUUAUUCGUUUUCUUUUCACAUCCACUAGUAUAGAGCGCUACACCGAUACUUCUCACUUUUCCACGAUUUUCUUAUAGAAAGAUAAGCACGGUGAUAUAGCAGCUCACAUCAAAUUUGUUCGAUAUAAUUCCAAUCUUAAAUUUUAUACAGAAGCGCUUGUACUUCCCCUUUUUAUAAUCUUACGCUAGUAGACAAGUAAACCAUGUUUUAUUUAGUUUUUCUUCAAUUUCCAUAUUAUAUUGUUGAUAAACUAUUAUCCAGUGCCAAGCUGGUCCAAAAUUAGAGUGAAUCUUUUGCUCACUAAUUGUGUGGUUCUAUGCCAAAAGACACAUCUAUAGGCAUAGACUACCUUCAAAGGGACAGAAGCCUAAGAAGAUAAAAAAAAAAAAAAAAUGUUUAAUGUUUUCAUUUUGCAAUUCCCCCUAGCACAAUGUAUAGAGGACAUUAUUCUCCUUAAAGUAACACCAACUUAUUAUUCAUAGCAAGUUUCCUUUUUCCCAUUCCACUGUAUUUUUGCAUUUUACAGACUGUUUGACAAAAUACUCUCUGACAUCAAAGUGGUCUCCUGUAAAGGCUCGUAGAUUUAAUUGCCAGUGAGAUAGCUCAGCGAUUAGUGUUCCAUUUGCAGUAUCCUUCUGGGGUUCAUAAUCACAUUGUUAGAAAUUAGUAAAGCCUAAAUAUGCCUUUAAAGGAACACUCCACUCCAGAAAUAGAAUGUGGGGAUCAAUAUUUAGUAGAUUAACCACCAAUAAAAACACGCAUGCGUUUUUUGCUGCAUGUUGUCUUUGUUGGUAUAUCCUAGGAGAUCUUGCAAAAGCUGCAGUUCCAAACAUUCCCUGGAAAAGACUUCAAUUCUCUUCAUUGGGAAAUAACCAAUAAGAGGAUUCUCAACAAGAAGCCCCUGAAUCUGUCACUCUGUACAAGCACGUCUGUUAGUGCGCACACUGCAACAGCAUUCAGGAAGAACGCCAGUUUGUGAGGAGGAAUGGUGGAGAAGUCAGGUACACUCAAGUUGAGCUUACGGAGGUAGGAAGCAAAAGUCCCUGGCUGUCCAGCCAGACAGGAGUUAGUAAUUUAAUGAUAAAAGUAGUUCAUUUUUAUAAACCGUAAUUAAAAUCUGAUACCCUUUAACCAUAACGCUCAUGGCAAGUUGAAGUGGUUUAUAGGUGUGCAGUAGUCCUUUAAAUAAUAUGAUAUUCCUAUACAAUUAACCUUUUCCUUUGGUUGUCUGGUAGAAUUAAAUUGUUUGUUUUUCAAUUACUGCAUACCCAGUCGGUGAUUUUACUGGCCAUCAUGGAAAGCAGGUACUACAUGUGGCUAUGGUAGUGUUGUUUCUAGUAGGACUUAGUUGAUGUAGUGAUCAAAUAACUAAUUCACCCAUAGCUCAUAACACGGUAUCCCCUGCAAUGUCCUCCAGGCAGUGUCCGGAAGAUGUUAGAGUGGUUUGAUUGGACAUGUGAAGUCCACUUUAGUUAUGCUAUAAAGAAGUAGUCUGGCACCUUUUGGGGUUUAUUAUUGAAAUGCAGUUGUGGUGAAAAGUUCUAAAAGUGGAACAAUCCACAAAAAUGUUUUUCUUUCAGAUAUUCUGCCAAAGAAAAUACUGGCUAGCGAGUACUUGGAGAUGUUAAAGAAAGAAGAGGAAGGAGCUGAUGAUGAUGAUGAUGAUGAUGAAGAUGAGGAGGAGGACGAUGAUGAUGACGACGAAGAAGAAGAUGAGGAGGAUGAGGAAGAAGAUGAUGAUGGUGAUGAUUAAUAGCUUGUCUCUGUGUAUUUUGUUUCUCUAACUUUUUUUAUAUAUAUUUUUGCAUCAGUUGUAAAAUAUUUUUGUAUUUUUCUUUUUAUACGCCUUUAUUUACCCGUCUACUUAAUUUAUAAAUAAAAAUUGAGGAAAAAUUGAUAACUUUUACUCUUGUGUAUUGUUUGAAAAUGAAUGCAUGGAUGCCCUGAGAUUAGUAAUAUAUUGUCGGUUUACUUUUGAAAAGAAAGCUUGC